UGUUGCAGUUGGUGAAAGUGUACGUUGGUGAGAGUCGCUGAUUAACACGGAAUCGCAAAGCCGGCAUGAUUUUGCAAGUUCGAUGGCCUGAGUGAGAGGCUGCGGAGCGCAGCAGUUGGAAUUGCGCGCUCCCGCUCCGCGCGCGACGUCACCGGCUGUCACCUGGCCCGUGGGCAGGGCCUACACGGAAAACACAGAAACACAGUGAGGCCCGCGUUGUUCGCGCUGUGUUUUCACAUGAGCCGGGGGGCCGGUGAGGCUCGACGAGGCGCAGUGUGCGCUCCGCGCUCCGCCUGCGAGCGGCAAUGGCCACGGUGAAGAGAGACGAGCGGCUCACGGCGUCGCAGGGCUUCCUCUGCGUGGCCUUCGCUGGCAUCUUCAGCAAGACGGCCACGUCCCCCCUGGAGGUCGUCAAGAUUUUAACCCAGGUGGGAACGUUCCACUCGAAAAAGGGCUUCCUGAGCAGCUUCGUGCUCGUGCAGCGCAGCGAAGGAGCGCGUGCCUUUUGGAAGGGGAAUAUGGUGUCGUGCGCGCGACUCUUCCCGUACAGCGCGGUUCACGUGGCCACCUACAAAAAGAUUGUCCACCUGCACAUGGAUGAGCUGGGCCACAUCACGCAAUGGAGAGCCAUUGCCGCCGGCGGACUGGCGGGCAUCAUCGCCGCCUUCGUGUCGUACCCCCUGGAGGUGGCCGAGACGAGGCUGGUGGCCCAGAACGUGCAGGAGCCGACGUACAAAGGCGCUGCGCAUGUCCUCGCCAGUGUGUACCGCAACGAAGGCCUGCGCGCCCUUUACAGGGGCUUCUCCCUCACUGUCGUAGGGGCAGUUCCCUUCUCUCUGGGCUGCUACGCCGUCUACGUCAACUUGGACAGACUGUGGCAGGAGCCCAGCUUCCGGUUCACACCCCUGCAGAACUUCAUCAACGGCUGCCUGGCUGCAGGGAUCGCUCAGACCCUCUCCUUCCCCUUUGAGACAGUCAAGAGGAAGAUGCAGGCCCAGAGUACGAAGCUCCCACACUGCGGCGGCGUCGACGUCCACUUCAGCGGGGUGCUGGACUGCUUCCGGCAGGUGAUCAAAACCAACGGCUUCCUGUCCCUGUGGAACGGCCUCACGGCCAACACGGCCAAGAUUGUGCCCUACUUCGGCCUGCUCUUCGCUUGCUUUGAGACCUGCAAGCAGGUUUGCCUGUAUCACAAUGGGUAUAUUGUGUCUCCGCUGAGCUACCAGCUGGCCCCAGGUGUGGACCAGAGCUUGAGGCCCUAUGAGCUGCAGGAGGUGAAGAGAUACCUGAGGAACAGGAAUUUCUCAUCUCAGCAAUCUGACAUGGACAACCGCUGGUGACAUUGACCAGCACUGCCAAUGGUUUUAAACAGCCAAUUGCCUCUUCUAUCUAUAAGCAGAGGGAAGGCCCAGAUUUCUCAAGGACAGCCCAAGGGGAACCUGGAUGUGGACUGGAAGCAGUGAUAUGACACAAAGAUGGUUACUUUAAUUGAUUUAUGGUCCUGUGUUACUUUUAAUGGUACUUGAUGCACUUGACACACCGUUAAGGAAUUUCUGUCUCUAUGGAGAAAGGAAGAGAAAUGCAGCCAUGGCAUUCAUGCAAUGUAUUUUAAGUUUGUAGUUUUAAAAGUGCUUCUAAAAACAGAAUGGGCAUCGUGUUCGUCAGGUUGCUUAACGAAGGUUCAUUUAAAUUCCAAUAUAACUACGGUGACACCACGAGCAAGUUCUGAACCGAACAGAAAGGCAGGAAAAUAACACACUGGCUGUUUGCUGCUAAACAGGUAAUGCGGCUUUCUAGGCUUUUAAAACUUUUGUCUAUCUGUUCAGUGCAUUAACGUCUGUUUGCAUCGUGUAGGUUUUUUUUUUUUUUUUCUUUCAAGCUUCAGUUUUCCAAUGGUCUAAUCUGCUUCAACUUAAAUGAAGACACCAUUAGUGUGGAUUAAAGGUUGCGCUGUUUUGUACUACUCAGUGCUUAAGUACUCUGGUGGUUUUCACAAGUACAUUAUUUGAACUUGUAUACAAAACAGUAGUCAGUUUACACUGGAUUUUAUCAGUCACUAGUCUUGCUUAAGCAGAACAGGACUUUAGUCAACCUUUGACUGAAAGGCUUUGCACAAGUAACAAAUCAUUGAGCCUGUACUUGAGACUGGAAAGGUUGUUAUUAAAACAAAAAAAAAAAAAUUACAUUUCACAUAAAAUACAGACCAGCUGUUUGUUACCCAGACAGACAGCAUGUAACUCUACCCAGUUUGCCUUUAACAAGGACUUAAUGAUUUUAGGACUGUAACAAAGGAAAUGUUGUCUGAAACUUCUCAGGUCAUUUAAAGCACACUCUUCAACAGUAUUCUAAAGAUAAUUUUCAGUGUACUUAAUUUACGUCUAAAUAUGAUUAAUAUUAAACACUCCCUCAUUUUCAGUCUUUUGUGGAAUUUUGGUUCUUUGUUUCAAGGUGAUUUUCCCGAUUUGCAGAGUGGAAGCAUAAAAGAUGGAAGGUUAAAGUGAAUGAGGUAACGUUUUCUUGUAACCUUGGAAUGGAUUGUUGGGGACCGUUUAAGUUUGAGCUCAGGCAGGAAACCGCAUAAGUUAAAAAAAAAAAUCUACAUAUGAUCGUCAUUCGUUUGAAACUGCACCGAAGACAGUGGAAUGGACUUUAGUGGGUGCGAUUGUAAUAUGUAGUUUACUUGGAAAGAUUUGACACGCCCUAACAAGUAAGUUAUAGUCCAAGUUUCACGUGAAUGGAAUAAUAAUGCCAUUUUACACAGUAACAGUUACUGCUUGACUUUCUUAACAGAAUGAAUUCCAUUCACCACCAUCUCCUUCAAGAAUGGACUGACGACUUGCCAAU